CAGCUCUAGUCGCUGUUAUCAUUUUGACAAUAAACAAAUAACAAUGUUUAAUUAUAACAAAAUACGGGAAAACGAACGAAACAUCAGCAAUGCGGAAUCGACAAGAAGAAAACUUGAAUAUGUGAACCGUUGCAGACUUGUAACCGCAUUCGCCAUACUUGUUUGCUUCAUAUUCGUGCCUCUUUGUUUAUUCACGACUAAUCAGCAUCAACUGCAACAACAACAAAGAGAACAACCACAACGCUUGGUAUGCUAUUAUACGACAUCCGAUCGCGAUGCACUGAGUCUGCUGGAUGUGCCCGGAGAUUUAUGCACGCAUAUAAACAUUGGCGUUGCUGAUUUGUACAAUUCGACGCUGUUGUUGUCGCAGCGUCUGGAGCAGGUGCUCCAGAAUGACACGCGUCUAUUUCGCGCCAAGAAUCCGCAGGUGAAGCUGCUGCUCUGGAUUGGCGGUGCGGACAGUGGACAUCAAUUUGCUGACAUGGUUGUGAAUCAUGCGCGUCGUAAACAAUUUCUGCGUUCACUUAAGGCUGUCAUGCACAAAUAUCCCAGUUUGGAUGGCAUCGAUCUGGAUUGGGAAUUCCCCAGUGCCUAUGAUAAGGAGCGCAUGCAUUUCUCCCAGCUGCUGCACGAGAUACGCCUCGAAUGGGUGCGCGAGAAACGUGCUCAUAAUCUACUGACCAUGGCAGUUGCCGCUCCCGAGGGCAUCGCAUUCUUUGCCUACAACAUACGCGAAAUCAAUCUGUAUGUGGACUAUGUCAACUUGAUGACCUACGACUUUCAUUUCUAUCGCGAAGACACGCCCUUUACUGGCCUCAAUGCACCGCUCUUUGCCCGUCCCACGGAGCAGUCCAUCAUGAGCACCUUUAACAUCAACUACACCGCACACUGGUGGCUUAAGAAUGGACUGGAGCCCCAUCGCUUGGUCAUUGGACUGCCCACAUACGGACAUUCCUUUACCCUGGUUAGUCCGUUCAACAUGCGCAUUGGGGCACCAGCCUCAGGAUUUGGCAAAUGUGGUCAACUGGGCUUCACCACGCUCUCGGAGACUUGUGCCUGUGCCAAUGAAUAUCUUGCUCCGAUCUACACCUAUGACAACGAUACGUGCUCACCCUAUUUGAGUGCACUUGGGGAAUGGAUCUCUUACGAGAGUAAAACGAGCAUUGCCUGCAAGGUCAACUAUGUGAAAUCCAUGAAUGUGGGCGGACUCAUGAUUUUCUCCCUCAACACGGAUGAUGUGAGGAACACUUGUGGUUACUUGCCACGCAGUGGCAAGCCUGUGUUCCCGCUGGUGCAAGCAGCCAAAGGCGUCCUUAUGGGUCAUUAAACAAAUGCAGCAGGGAUUGGGACCAAAUAUUUGUUAAAUAAUAUUGAUAUAGAUAAAUAAGAGAUGCCUUCAUCUUGUAUUAUUGUUAAGUUUGGUUGGCAUGUUAAGUUAAUUAUAAUUAGAUCAAUGAAAAUGGGCUGUAUUAAACUAUAUAAGAUUUAUUUAUAA